AACUAUAAUUUAAUUGGCAUUGCUGAAUCUUGGCUUCAUUCUUCACAUAACUGGGCCAUUAAUAUUCCUGGCUAUGUUCUCAUUCGGAGAGACAGAGUAAAUAGGAAAGGUGGUGGUGUCUGUCUCUAUGUGAGAAGUGAUCUCAGAGCGAGUGUGAAAGAGAACCUAGUUGAUGGAGAGUGUGAUGAGGCUGAAGUAUUAUGGGUGGAACUGCACAUGUGGGUGUGUACUAUAAAGGUAAUCAUUGGAGUUUGUUAUAGGCCUCCCAGUGUUAAUGAGGAGGUGGAAACUCAGCUCCUUGCGCAGAUCCAAAGGGCUGCAAGGGCUGGGACAGUGAUAAUAAUGGGGGAUUUUAACUACCCAGAAAUUGACUGGAAUAAUGGUAGUACAGGAACAGUUAAAGGGCAAACAUUUUUAAACCUACUACAGGACAAUUUUAUGGUACAGUUCAUAGAAUCCCUACUA